AUUAUUUAAAACUAGAACAAGUCUUUAAUAGACAAGAACUAAAACAGAUUCAUUAUAAAGAGAAAUUGAGACAGGUUAAUUGUGAGAAAAAAUUAGGACAGGUUCAUUAUAGAGAGAAACCAAAGCAAAUUUAUUGUAAGAAGAAGUUCAUUGUAGAGAAACUAGACAAAUUUAUUGUAAAGAAAAACCAAA